ACCCACCUCUUCCACCACUAUUCCCUUAAGCUACUUACUAAUCUAUCCAACAUGCGUCUCAUCGCUCUCGCCGCCAGUCUCCCUCUUGCGACUGCAUUCUGGAAUGGCGACUUGUGCAAGGGCGCAGGCGGGUGCAUCAACAUCGGCGUCCUAGUCCGCGACCCCUUUCGCUGCCCCGACGGCAGCUACGUCAAGCUUCCAGACUUUGGCAAUGACGAGGACGCAGCUGGCAGAGAGGACGCGACUGUCGUUACCAAGGAAGAGUUCCCCAAGACGUGCUUCAAGGGCGGCGUCCCUCGUGCGACCUCUAAGCUUGUUCGCACCAAAGCCCGUGGCGGCCAGACCAUGUACCACUUCGUCGACGAGACUUGCAACAAUGCCAACCCGGUAAAGAAGGAUUGCUACCACUACAACUCCAACCCAUCUACAUUCACGUUUUGCCAGAUGAUUGAUUCGAAGGGUGGACAAUGUGUCACGAACCCCAAUGCCGGCAAGUGUGAGCGCUGGGGUAAUGACAUUCGGCCCGAGUGCAACUACUGGAAGCCGGGACUGCAGGAUCUCCCAGAUGACAACUAGGAGGCCAGACAGUGUGGCUGCACGAGGUUGAAGUGUAUAUAUUGUGCCAAGUAACCGUUUGUAUUCACAACCUAAUAAUCAAUGUAUAUACAUCGUCUGACAUUGCGAUAACCGAUUUCUUUUCAUUGCAAGAGUAGGGAUACCCGGUUGAUCAAGCUCUGUGAAUCUUGUCCGCUACAUGUGUGAUGGUGUAAUUGAUGCCGUAGUAGCCGUCUCCAGGAUUUUUAUGGGCAAGUUCGCGCGCAGAGCAACCUGUUUGCAGAGUUACACCGGCCCAUCCCUGCAUGAAGACCCUAUUCGGGUGAACUGUGACGAUCUUAGUGGACUCAGUCGCUUUACCUUCC